CAGCCCUGACUUUCGGUAAGUGACAGCAGCUCAGGAAGCCAAGGGGCCCACACAGGAAGCAGCGAGUGGGACUUUCCUCCCCUGCUGCCCAGCUCUGCCCUCCCUCCGUUGGCCCAGGGUCCCCAUCCCCAAGGCAGGCUGCAAUCAUGGCACCUCCAAGUGAGGAGAUGCCCCUGAUCCCUCAGCGUUCCUGCAGCCUCUCCUCUUCAGAGGCUGGCGCCCUGCACGUGCUGCUGCCCCCUCGGGGCCCUGGACCCCCGCAGCGCCUAUCCUUCUCUUUUGGGGACCACUCAGCUGAAGAGCUGUGUGUUCGAGCUGCUAAGGCCAGUGGUAUCCUGCCCGUGUACCACUCCCUCUUUGCUCUGGCCACGGAGGACCUAUCCUGUUGGUUCCCCCCGAGCCACAUCUUCUCCGUGGAAGACGUGGGCACCCAGGUCCUUGUCUACAGGCUCCGCUUUUACUUCCCCAACUGGUUUGGGCUAGAAAAGUGCCACCGCUUUGGGCUACGAAAGGACUUAGCCUGCGCCAUCCUUGACCUGCCAGUCCUGGAGCACCUAUUUGCUCAGCACCGAAAUGAUCUGGUGAGCGGCUGCCUCCCAGUGGGCCUCAGCCUCAAGGAGCAGGGUGAGUGUCUCAGCUUGGCCGUGCUGGACCUGGCCCGCAUGGCUCUCGAGCAGGCUCAGCGGCCCGAGGAGCUGCUGAAGACAAUCAGCUACAAGGUCUGCCUGCCCCCCGGCCUGCGCGACCUGAUCCAGGGCCUGAGUUUCGUGACACGAAAGCGUAUCCGAAGGACAGUGCGCAGGGCCUUGCGCCGCGUGGCCGCCUGCCAGGCUGACAGGCACUCACUCAUGGCCAAGUACAUCAUGGAUCUCGAACGGCUGGACCCAGGCAGGGCCGCCGAGACCUUCCGCGUGGGCCUCCCCGGAACGGCUGGUGGUCAGGAUGCGCCAGGGCUGCUCCGCGUGGCUGGUGGCAGCGGCAUAGCCUGGAGCCCAGGAGAACAAGAGGUCCUUCAGCCCUUCUGCGACUUUCCAGAAAUUGUGGAUAUCAGCAUCAAGCAGGCCCCGCGCUUUGGCCCGGCUGGGGAGCACCGCCUGGUCACCGUCACCAGGACGGACAACCAGAUCCUGGAGGCCGAGUUCCCGGGGCUGCCUGCCGCCUUGUCCUUCGUGGCACUCGUGGAUGGCUACUUCAGGCUGACCACCGACUCCCGGCACUUCUUCUGCAAGGAGGUGGCGCCGCCGCGGCUGCUGGAGGAGGUGGCUGAGCAGUGCUAUGGCCCCAUCACCCUGGAUUUUGCCAUCAACAAACUCAAGACUGGGGGCUCGCUUCCCGGCUCCUACGUUCUCCGUCGCAGCCCCCAGGAUUUUGACAGCUUCCUCCUAACUAUCUGUGUCCAGACCCCCCUGGGCCCUGAUUACAAGGGCUGCCUCAUUCGGUGUGACCCUUCGGGAACUUUAUCCCUGGCUGGCCUUGGCCGUCCCCACAGCAGUCUUCGAGAGCUCCUGGCAGCCUGUUGGAAUAGUGGGUUGCAUGUGGAUGGGAUUGAGCUGAACCUCACCUUCUGCUGCACCCCCAGACCCAAAGAAAAAUCCAACCUGAUCGUGGUCCGGAGAGGUUGCAGCCUGCCCACGUCAUGCCCUGUUCAGCCCCAAUCUCAAUGCCAGCUGAGUCAGAUGACGUUUCACAAGAUCCCUGCUGACAGCCUGGAGUGGCAUGAGAAUCUGGGUCACGGGUCUUUCACCAAGAUUUACCGCGGCUGUCGACAUGAGACCGUGGAUGGGGAGGCCCGGGAGACAGAGGUGCUGCUCAAAGUGAUGGAUGCCAAGCAUAAGAACUGCAUGGAGUCAUUCCUGGAAGCAGCGAGCUUGAUGAGCCAAGUGUCAUACCAGCAUCUUGUGUUGCUCCAUGGCGUGUGCAUGGCUGGAGACAGCAUCAUGGUGCAGGAGUUUGUACACCUGGGAGCGCUGGACAUGUAUCUGCGCAAGAGUGGCCACCUGGUGCCUGCCAGCUGGAAGCUACAGGUGGUCAAACAGCUGGCCUAUGCCCUCAACUAUCUGGAAGAUAAAGGUCUCCCUCAUGGCAAUGUCUCAGCCCGGAAAGUGCUCCUGGCCCGGGAGGGGGCUGAUGGGAACCCACCCUUCAUCAAACUGAGUGACCCUGGUGUCAGCCCCACUGUGCUAAGUCUGGAGAUGCUCACUGACAGGAUUCCCUGGGUGGCCCCUGAGUGUCUUCAGGAGGCCCGGACACUUGGCUUGGAAGCUGACAAGUGGGGCUUUGGUGCCACAGUCUGGGAGGUGUUCAGCGGUGUCAUGAUGCCCGUCAGUACCCUGGAUCCGGCCAAGAAGCUCCAGUUUUACGAGGAACGACAGCAGCUGCCCGCCCCCAAGUGGAUGGAGCUGGCCCUGCUGAUCCAACAGUGCAUGGCAUACGAGCCGGGCCAGAGGCCCUCCUUCCGUGCUGUCAUCCGUGACCUGAACAGCCUCAUCACUUCAGAUUAUGAGCUCCUCUCAGAUCCCACACCUGGUGCCUUGGCACCCCGUGACGGGCUUUGGAAUGGUGCCCAGCUCUAUGCCUGCCAGGACCCUACCAUCUUUGAGGAGAGACACCUCAAGUAUAUCUCACAGCUGGGCAAGGGCAACUUUGGCAGCGUGGAACUAUGCCGCUACGACCCACUGGGCGACAACACAGGCGCCCUGGUGGCUGUGAAGCAGCUGCAGCACAGUGGGCCAGAACAGCAGAAGGACUUCCAGCGGGAGAUCCAGAUCCUCAAAGCCCUGCACAGCGACUUCAUUGUCAAGUACCGAGGUGUCAGCUAUGGUCCAGGCCGCCAGAGCCUGCGGCUGGUCAUGGAGUACCUGCCCAGCGGCUGUCUGCGCGACUUCCUGCAGCGGCAUCGCGCCCGCCUCGACGCUGGCCGCCUGCUCCUCUUUGCCUCGCAGAUCUGCAAGGGCAUGGAGUACCUGGGCUCCCGCCGCUGCGUGCACCGCGACCUGGCAGCCCGUAACAUCCUGGUGGAGAGCGAGACGCACGUCAAGAUCGCAGACUUCGGCCUCGCCAAGCUUCUGCCCCUCGACAAAGACUACUACGUGGUCCGCGAGCCCGGCCAAAGUCCCAUCUUCUGGUAUGCCCCAGAGUCCCUCUCAGAUAACAUCUUCUCGCGCCAGUCGGAUGUCUGGAGCUUCGGGGUCGUCCUGUAUGAGCUCUUCACCUACAGUGACAAGAGCUGUAGCCCCUCAGCUGAGUUCCUGCGGAUGAUGGGAUGUGAGCGAGAUGUCCCAGCCCUCUGCCGCCUCCUGGAGCUGCUGGCUGAGGGCCAGAGGCUGCCCGCACCUCCUGCCUGCCCUGGUGAGGUUCAUGAGCUCAUGAAGCUAUGCUGGGCCCCUAGCCCACAAGACCGGCCACCAUUCAGUGCUCUGGGCCCCCAGCUGGAUGCACUGUGGAGUGGAAGCCGGGGAUAGUGUCCAGAGGCAUGAGAUUUUCGCCUUCCCUGCUUGUCUGGAGGGCGAACCCCAUUCACCAUCAUUUUUAUAUCUCCUGCACACAGACCUCUGGGUUCUGGUCUCCAUGGACUGGCUGUGUGACUUCGGGCAGGGAGCUGAACCUCUCUGGGUUUCCUGUUUCAGAGACUCCCUCAUGGGGCAAAUGACAUUGCACUUAGGGGCUUGUAGAGCAAGAGUAGUCUUGUGGCCUUUGAAACUUGUAAAGAUUCAAGACAGAUGCAAUGGUGGGGUCUACUGAGCUCCCCCCACCCCCGAAUCAAGGAAUAAAUUUAAGCCUCUUUCAUCUUCCCAUCUUCUCAUGGCUUGGCCCUGAGCUUCUUAUCUCAUUUCCAGAAGGAACAUUAUGUAGCUUUAAAUAUAUGAUCUCAGGCUUCUUUUCCCUCUUCCCUCUUUAGCUGGAGGAAGCCAAGGACAAGAGCAGCUGCCCUGGCUGAAAUUCAUUUUUGGGGGGAACCUGUGUGACUGGGAUUGUGUAAGAGGCCAGAGAAGGCUGAGGUCCUGGUCGACCCUAACCGAACCUGAGUGUCCCAGGGCUUCAGUUUUUCUGCCUACACACUAGAGCCCUUUCUAUCCUGACCAGAGGAUCGCACAACUGAUGACAAUGGAGGCUGACAGAAACUUUUCAGCAGUUGAAGGAAGGAAAGGCAGUCUUGGUAGAGGGAACAGCAUGGCGAGAGUAAGGAGGCUCUGAGUAUACAGGUUAAGAGCUCAGGUGUUGGAGCCCAUGGUUCUGCCACUUAUUUGGUCUGUGAUGGUGGGUGAGUUGUUUCUCCUCUCUGAGCCUCUGUUCCAUCCUCUUACAAUGGGCAAUAGUGUUGGCCCUUCGGUGGUACAAAGUCAACUUCUGGAGGCUUGUGAAAAGGCAUUUUGUGCAGGUUAAGCCCCCAUUGCUUCUUCACACCUGCCAGCAAUGCUUUUCUGCCACUUUUGCCUCUUUGGAAAACUUUUAUUCACCUCUCAAAACCCCAGCUAUCACCUCCCUGCAGCUCUCCCUGGGGUUCUCCCACAACUGCCAGCCAGCCCUGUACUUCCUUCUGACCCUUGGACAGGGGUGGGGUCUGCAUUCAGCUCUGUCUCCUCUGACCUGGAGGCUCCUUGGGGGCUGGGUUGGGGUGGGCAGAGAGAGGACUCUGGAAGUGUUUAUUGAAUGAAUAAAGAAGUUCAGGGGUUGGAGGAGGGUAUAGCUCAGUGGUAAAGUGUGUGCUUAGUAUGCAUGAGGUCUUGGGUUCAAUUCUCCAGUACCUCCAUUAAAAAGUAAUAAUAAUAAAUAAAUAAACGAACCUAAUUACCACCUCCCAAAUAAUAAAAAUAUAAAAAGAAUAACAAAUUUUAAUGUUCAGUGGAAAGGAUGGGUUGUUGCUGGACUUGGGCAGUGGGGAUCCUUAGAGAUGUGCAAGCCGGGAAGGAAUGUGCUUAUGGCUGGGGGAGAGAGAUCCCUGGGGGCCACAGACCCCUCAGGGCAGGCUGGCAGCGGAGGGGCAGGAGGAUGGGGUUUGGAGGACAGAAGCCCUCCCCCCAGCCCCAGCUGCUGGCCUUGGCUCAGUCCUGGGGAGCUGAUUACAGGCUCUUCUUGGUGGGUGGAGGGAACAGGCUGCUCUCGGGGGGUCAGAGGGCGAGGCUGGAUUAGGAGGGCGAGGCCAUGCAGCUGGGUCCAACAUCAGUAGAGGCCAGGCUAGUCCCCUCCACAUCUGCUGGAAAGAUUAGGAGAGUGACAGAGACAGAGAGAGAUAGAGAAGGAGAGAGAAAGGCCAAGACUCAGGGGGAGACAGGCAAGCAAGGGAGAGACAGAGAUAGAGAUCUCUGCGCCUACUCUCCUAGCCUAGGUAAAGCUGCCUGCUUUGGUGAAAGGGGGACGGGAUGGCUCUGGGCUCAAGCAAGAAAGGAGUUUUCAGCUCAGGGUCUCCCCUGAGUUGGGUUGAGUAACCGUCCUCUCUGCCUUAGUUUCCCUCCUUGGUAAAACAGGGUCAUAAGGCUUCCUGGGCUCAUACCCGGCAGAUGCUGCACGAUUGCAGCCGGCUUCAUUCUGGGUCCCCCAGACCCUGCCCAGCCCAAGGAGGCCGAUGUGGGAGAGGCAGAGCCGACCAACACGCCAGCCCCAGGGCAUACCCAGCCUCUUGUGGUCUUGGGCAAGUGUGGCGUCCCCUCUCUGAGCUUCAAUUUUCCUUCUUUGUACAAUAAUAAGGACAAGAAGAUUCUGGGCUUCGUGUUUUUUUUUUAGCAGAGGUACCGGGGAUUGAACCCAGGACCUUGUGCAUGCUAAGCAUGCUCUCUGCCACACUCUACCAUUGAGCUAGACUCUCCCCCUGAAGACAACAAGAUUCUGUAGUGUUUUUUGUUUUUGUUUGGGGGGAGGGAGGAGGUAAUUAGGCUUAUUUAUUUUUUUAUUUAAUGGAGGUACUGGGGAUUGAACCCAGGACCUCUUGCAUGCUAGGCACACAUUCUACCACUGAGCUAUACCCCUACUCCUACAAGAUUCUGAAUGUCCCUGGUCUCAGCUGUCUGCCUGCCUGCCACCAGCAUCCUGCGGAAUGAUUAUUUCUCAGUUCAUUUCUUUCACCUCUUUAAAAUAGGUUAAAAAAAA